AUGGCCGAUCCCAUAAUCGGGCAGAAGUCGACGCGAAGGAAACAGUGGACCUUACUGAAUCGAACCCAGAGUCGAUACAACCGUUUCGGAAGUUUCUUGGCAGAAGACGGAUGGCCCGAUUCACAGGUCGAUUUGGCCAAACAGUUGUUGAACGAGAACUGCGAAGAUGAAAAAGACCAAGAAGAAAAUGCUAGUUUAGGUGUUUAUUGGCUGAUCAAGGCUUCGUCGCAAGGACAUAAAGAGGCAACUGAACUUUUAAGAGAAUGUCUUGACACAGGAAAAGGUAUCACUGAACAUAAUUGGUUGGAUGUCAAAGUUUGUCUGGAAACUUCUCAAGAGGAUAAAAUCAUUCAAAAAACGGCACACGAAAUAUUUGAUAGGAUGUCAGCUGGUGAAGACUUUAUAACUAGUGACCAAUUGAAAGACGAAUUAAAUCAAGCUUGUAGCACCAAAUCUAAUAGCUCAGACAUAAUUAAAGUAGAUGAAAACUCUAAAGAAUACAAAUGCUUAAAAUCAUCUCGGCAAGACUGGAAAUCCAGAAUAAAUGAAUCUGGUGAAAAACUUACUGAAGAUGUAUUAGUGAAUGCUGCCAAAGAUUUUUCACGUGGACAAAUGCCACUUGUGCAAAAAAUGCUCACCAUUGAAGAAAAUAAAAAUGCCAUAUCUACUACUUGUGACUUAUUUCUCCAGCCAGUGUACAUUAUUCACAAUUAUAAUCUUUGCCUUCAAGAGAGAUUGAAUAAAAGAUUUUCCAAGCUGCCAUUAAAUCCAUUCUCAUAUUUUCAUGCUCCAACAUUGAUAACUACACUUCUCUGUUUUAUAUUGGGCUUGGAUGGUAUUCGUUUGUUGAUUCCUUAUAUUCUAUUUUAUGGAUCAUUGCUUGCAAUGGUGGUUGCUACUGUAUGUGCUCUAUGUGCAAAAAGAGAUUAUGGACGAUUCCGCCGAUGGUCAAAUUUAUUCAUCACAUACAGUGGUGGUUGUCUCAGUGCUCAAGAAGCAGAAUACCAACAUUUGAUGAACACUCUUAAGCCAUAUGUUUUCUUUUUUGCGUCAUUAGGCGCUCACUUAUUUAUGAAGACUGUAAUUGAUUCAGACACCAUGUUUCAAUCUGAAUUAACUAUUGUUUCAAUUUGCUUGACGUUUUAUACACUAUAUUCGUUUUCGUUAUCUGGCCCCAAACUGGGCAAGACCAAAAGCAUAGAUCUCAUUGCGCUGUUAUCGUUUUGCGUCAAUGUGCUAGCAAAAUAUCCAUAUGAAACUGAUACAGUAGUUAGCAAAGGUUGGAGAUUUCUUGAUUUGCAUGUACCAACGUUUGCAUCACAUGUCAUCGGAAACGGUGUUGAAUUUUGUCUCAACUUUAGAGCGUUAUUUUAUUUAAUAUUACCAGCUAUUAUGGUUAAAAUGGCUGCACGUAAUAAUUGGAGAGGAAUCUACACAGACUUAAUACCACAUUGCAUGACACUUUCAUGGUGGCAAAUGGCUCUAGUUGCUUCUCAAGAGUCGACGUGGUAUGGGCUAGUUCGUAGUAUAUUAGCCUUAGUCUGUGUGUUUAUACUGUUUCCGAUUACUGGUAUUUUCUUGCCAUUUGUCACUAUUGGAAACGACUUUGAGACAAUAUAUCAGAUUAUUCAACUGCCCGUUGUUCUAAUAUUUAUGUGGAUCUUACAUAUAGUUUUGCAAUAUUUCAAACGUAAAGGUUUUCGCACCGAUUCAUUUUAUACGUAUUUGCAGGUUCUUAUAGUUUUAAUCGGUACUACAAUAUGUGUUUUUAACAACUAUGAGCGUUUACAACAAUGGAUUGAGCCGCCUGCUGACAAUCACUUAACAUAUAAUGAUUUCUCAGAAUUUUGUAACAAAGAUAUUGGUAAAAAUUCUCAAGAGACAACUGUGAUGGCUGACAUUGACUGUUCACAAUUAAUUGGUCAAAAUGUGCAAUGGGACGGUUAUAUAAAAUCCAGCAAGGUUGUUUCAGUAUAUAAUCCCAUUUUAGCUGUCUUAAGCUUCUUUCCAAAAAUUAUAUCGAAUCCAUUGACUUGUCUGCUGGGUAAACGAUUAUCAACAUGUUCAGACAGUUAUGGUUGUAACGUGAGCUCAAAGCUAUCUGAUAUUUGCCACUUAUCCGAAUGGAAUCGUUAUACAUAUGAAAUAGAAAUAAAAAUGAGUAAUGAAGGUGUUUGGGGCAACAGUGGCGAUAUAACAACACUGCUAACCAAUAGUCAAGACAUCAUAAUGGACAAUGCAACAAAAAGUUUAAGGGAAAAUGACCAUGUAUGGUUUUCAGGUCAGUUGUCUGGUAACAAAUUUGGUAUAUUAACAGCCAAAAAUCCAUUCGUACAAGCAUCUUCGGUUGGAUGUUUGACAUGUUCCAAGGUUCAAGUCAUCAACAACAAUGUUAGACAUAAAUCAUUUGAUGACGAAUUGGUCAAAUGUGCUAAAAGACUGUUUCAAUUCAUUUUAUAUCCAAUUGUAUUAUUUAAAUGA